CUCUCCUGCACCCUCUCCCGACAGCACCAGCCCCCUAAUCCAGGCAGCACCCUGGUGAACCUCUCCUGCACCCUCUCCAAAGCCUCCACACCCUUCCUACAAUUGGGGGGGUGGCGACGACCAGAACUGAAUGCAAUACUCCAUGGAACUGCAUCGUCCUGAGGAAGGGUCUGGACACCACAUGUCGACCGUUGUUAUGUUUCCCUCCACAGAUGCUGCCUGACCUGCUGAGUUCCUGCGGCAUCCCGUGUGUGCUGCAAUGCUCCAGAAGCACACGGUUCGGCCGGGUUGACCGGAGAGCAGGCCCAGCGGAAGUCGGCGGGCGGUUGCUAGGCGGAAGGGACGUGUGUGGGGGAAGUCUGCUGAUGGUGGCGGGGGGAGGGCGGAGUCUCCACAGAGUGGGAGCCGAGGUGGAGAAGGGAGUCGGUCGGAGGAGCCAGUCGGUCGUCUUCUUUCUCUCUUCCCCUCGCUCCCUGGGCAGCGAAGCCCCUGACAACGACAAGAUGGCUGCAGCCCUCCUGCGGACGGAUGCGGCGGCCCAGGGGAUCCCUCUGAGCGCGUUGAGCCCCAACUUCCUCCACUCCAACUCCACCAGCCACACUUGGCCUUUCAGCGCCGUGGCAGAGCUGAUAGAUAAUGCAUAUGAUCCUGAUGUAAAUGCAAAACAGUUGUGGAUUGAUAAGACCAUAAUAAAAGAACGUAUUUGCUUGAUAUUCACUGACAAUGGCCAGGGGAUGAACCAAGGCAAGUUGCACAAAAUGUUGAGCUUUGGAUUCAGCGAGAAAGUUACAAUAAAUGGGCAUGCUCCUGUUGGGCUUUAUGGCAAUGGCUUCAAGUCUGGAUCGAUGCGGCUGGGAAAAGAUGCAAUAGUUUUCACAAAAAACGGAGAGACAUGUAGCAUAGGCUUCUUGUCUCAGACUUACCUUAACGCUGUGAAAGCAGAAAAUAUUAUUGUUCCGAUUAUUUCAUACAGCCUGAAUAAAAAGCUUUUAACUGAAGACAUGCAAUUAAGCUUGAAAGCAAUUUUGUCCUAUUCUUUAUUCAACACUGAAAAGGAGCUACUAGCAGAACUGGAAGCUAUUUCUGGAAAAAAAGGAACAAGGAUUAUCAUUUGGAACAUAAGAGAAACCAAGGAUGGAAAGCCAGAGUUUGACUUUGAAUCUGACAAGUACGAUAUCAGAAUCCCUGAAGAUAUUUUAAAUGACAACACAGAGAAGAGAAAAUACAAAAGGCAGGAUCGGGUGGAUCAAUUUGUGCCUGAAAGUGAUUAUUCAUUACGAGCUUAUUGUAGUGUUUUGUACCUGAAGCCACGCAUGCAAAUAAUUCUUCUGGGAAGGAAAGUGAAAACACAGCUUAUUUCUAAAAGCCUUGCUCAUAUUGAACAUGACAUAUAUAAACCAUCAUUUGUUAGGAAAGGCAUAAAGAUAACCUUCGGCUUCAAUUGGAGAAACAAGGAACAUUAUGGGAUAAUGAUGUAUCACAAAAAUCGUCUGAUUAAAUCCUAUGAGAAAGUUGGCUGUCAACUUAGAGCAAAUGACAUGGGAGUGGGUGUCAUUGGAGUCAUUGAAUGUGACUUUCUCAAGCCCACACACAACAAACAAGACUUUGAUUAUUCAAGUGAAUACAGACGUACAAUUCAAGCUCUUGGACUGAAACUGAAUGAUUACUGGAAUGAGAAAAAUUAUAGUAAACAACGUGAUCCAGUGAAUGUAGAAGAUUCACAGAAACUUCCUGAUCAAGUUUGGGCUCAGUGUGAUGGCUGUUUGAAAUGGCGAAAGCUUCCAGAUGAGAUAGAUCCAGAUACGCUUCCUGACAAGUGGUUCUGUAGUAUGAAUCAAGACCGAAAAUAUAGGAAUUGCAGUGUCCCAGAAGAACCAGAAGAUAGUCUUGAAGAUACUCCCAGUUAUCAGAAAACACACAAAAAGCAAGAACAGAAAAAUCGUGGGAAGACUCGACAGCAAUUUGUGGAUCAAAGCAAACAGCAAAACCUACAGAAAAUGAUACAGAACUAUGGUCGGGAAGCUAACGCUCUUCUAAAGGAACAGGAGAGAUUACAGGCAAAGCUUCAAUUGUCAGGGCAAAAAGAAUCCCCCAAAGCUACUGAAGUAAGUUCGAGUAUGCAGAAGAUCACCAAGUGGGUGGUUGAUGGAGAUAUGACACUGAGUGUGUCAUCCGGUCUAGAAAACACAUCUCCAACAUUGGCCUCUCCUGUGAGUAAUCUUCAAAUUGUGGACGUUAAAUCACUGUCAUCUCCACAAAUGCCAACUGAUGUUCAAAGCACUAAACGAAAACUUACCUAUGAUAUUGCAACUCCAUGUUCAAAAAGCCCAAAAAUGAGUGAUGAAAAGUCACUUAGCAUGUCUUUGAAUGGGGAUGCUGCUCAUAAAAUACAUUUUGAAGAUGACUUGAUUCUUCUUGAAGAAAAAAGUACGCCAAGGCCUGAAGAAAAUUUUGACUUGUCAAAAGUAAAGAAAGAGGUCAAAGAGAGUAUGGAUACGUCAGGCUUUGUCAUUGACACCUGCGGUGAUAAUGUUUUGCUCAGGAGUAAGGAAGGAAAAUCUUUAAGUACACAAACUGAGAACUUGAACAUUUCUGUCAAGGAAGAGGUAACUGCGUCUAAAGAUCAGAGCCUCUCUGGUAGCACCACUGAAGAGAGAGUACAAAUUCAGCAGCUUCAGUGCUCAACGGAUGCCAAGGAAGCCAUUGUUAAAAGCAGUGAACAAAAUUUGCUGAAGUCCAUGACGGAACAGAGGGACAGCUUGAAGGCAAAAAAUGAAUUGUUAGAAAAAGAACUAGAAAGUUUGUCUAAAAAGCUUCUUGAAAUAUCUGGCAGUCAUGUCAAAAAGGAGCUCUGCCAUCAGUCGACGCAGUGUGAACUUAUUAUAGGGGACAAGACUGAACAUGUGAAAGAUUUCUCCACAUUUAACAAUGAUAAAAAGACAAUCGAAUAUGAACUUGCACUGAAGGAAGUGGAAUAUUUAAAGCAACGGUGCCAGGCAUUAGAGAAUCUCAAGCACGAAUGCGCCGCUUGUAACUUGAAAAAAGAGGAUGACAAACAAGCUCAGCAACUGGACAAUAUGUUACGACAAUUAGAUACCUGCACAUUUGAGCGAGAUCAAUUAAAGGAUAAAGCUGAUCAACUGCAAACAGAAAAUGAUGCAUUGAAGUUGAACUGUACAAAUCUUUCUAAAGAAGUGGAAUGUUUAAAGCAACAAGUUACUGAAGCACAACAGAGCAACUUUUCCGAUGAUUCAAGUAUGAAACUCAGGGCUCUACGAAUUGGUGUUGGACAGCUUCUGGUUAAUAUCGUACCUGAACUGGACUUAGCACAAAUAAAUUAUGAAAGUACUGUUGUUGAUGAGAUUUUGGACCAGGUACUCACUGCCAGUACAUCAUGAAGAUCAUCAUCUCCUGUUCUGCAGUUUGGAUAUACUGUGAAGAUAUCCAGUGGACUAUGUAACAAAACCAAUAGACUUGAUAAACCAGAGCUUACAGUUAAGCAGACAGUUAUGCACUUCCAUAAUGACAAUGAUUUCUCUUCUGUAUUUUAUUCGAUCUAAGUGUUUUUGUUUCUUCAUUUUCUAACCUGGUAAACAUUUGAUGCCAGGAAGCAUAUUGGAGCAGUUUGAAGCAUGCUUGAAAAAGGAACUGAUUCAAUUGGAGUAAACAGUUCAAAGUAGUAUUAGAACAUUCUUGAAAAGGACAAAACAAAACUGCAGAUGCUGGAAAUCUGAAUUAAAGGCAGAUACACAGAGUUAAUGUUUCAAUGAUGGAUCAUUGAUCUCGAAACAAUAAUUGUGCUGCCAGUCUAUCUGAGUAUUUCCAGCAUUUUCUAUUUUUAUUGCAAUUGUGAUUAUAAUAUUAACUGCUCACCUCACAAAACAAAUGUUGGAUCAAUAAAAUAGUGGGGUAUUAUGUUAACUAAGAUUGGUGAACAUUUUCCCUUUUAAGAGUUUCAGUUCAUGUCAUUCCUGCAAACGUUGAUUUGAUGAGCCAUAUGGUGCUCAAAUGUUUUCCUUGCGAGUAAUUUUGCUGUAAAUGGACAUUGCAAGAUAUUUUGUGAAUUUUACAGCACAGAAACAGGCCUUUAAGCCAUUGGAAAAAUAAUUGUUAUCAACUGGUUCUUGCAAGGUAAAUGAACUUGAACUGCUCAAUCACAGUGGAGUUUCACUUAUCCAAAUUAUUUUUGUAGUGGUGAAAAUGCAGUUGAUGUACAGAGUGCAGAACACCACUGCUAAUUUCCUUUCUGGGAUUGAAACCAGUGAGGCAAUGAAGAACAAAGGUUACAUUUAAAGUAUAUAAUAUAUAUUGUAGAUUUUAAAAAUAAAUAUUCCAGAUUAUUUGAUAUAAUGUGAGUAUGUUGAAUGAGGUAAUGCAACCAUUAUCCAGAGUUCUUUUUUUAUCAACCCCUAAUAUUUUUGACAUUUUCUGCAAUAUUUUUUAUUGUUCUGUAGCUUUGUAAACAAUGUAUGCUCAAUUUACUGCUGCAUUAUUGACCAUUUAUGAAUAUUGUUCCACAAAGUUUAUUUACACUAUAUCAUUCAGGGAAAGGUAGGAAGAUUGAUUAUAAAGUCAAGGUGAUAAGUACAUGAUCUUUUUUGAUUUUUUUAACUCUUAAAAUGUCUUCCCUUUGGACUUGCUGGGAGUUCCAGUGUUAUCUAUUUGGCCGUUCAACUAGUGCAAGCCUGUGAUGGCUGCAGAUUGUGCAUGUGUGGAUGGUAUCUCAUCAGAUCUCUCAUCAUCUGUGUCACACAUGCUCUUUUUUUCAGUCUGGCUUUUUCAGUGAUGUUAUCAGUAUCAGAGGUCUGGCAUUUUCUUCCUUCUCUGUUGUAGCCGAGGGAUACCAUGUUUUUUUUCAGCUAGAUUCCUAUAAUUUGCCUUGGUGUACCUAAUUUAAUAUGGCUGUGCUGGGCUUUUCAUUACCAGUCAACUUCUUUGCUAGAAGUUACAGUGUGCUCUGCUGUGGACAGAAUGAGGUUUUGAAUUCAGACUCUCACAUGACCAGUCCUUAGUCAAUUUAAGUACUGGAGCCCAACCACUGUCUGAAAUCAUGUUUCCAACAAUUCAACUUCCUCAGCUGAAGCAGGACAGAGGGAAAUUGUAUGUGUCAUUAAUCAUAUUGCUUGUAUUUUUCAUGGAACUAAACUAAAAACCUUCCUCGAGCACAAAAAGAGGAAAAGAAUUCCUCAUGCAUGAAUUCAUUAUAAAUUUAUUGACAAUUCCUGGUUCAGGUUCAGAUUAAGGGUGUGCUGUGCUGCCUCAAUCCCUUCAGUAUGUUAUUAGACAAUAGAUUUCAAACUCAUCCAUGGCAGUUUUAUGUACCAUUCAUCCUUGUAGGUAGUUGUUUUGAUCUUCUGCCAGUGUCAAAUGGAAAAGGGAAGUCUGACUUCACCAUUUGUUUGAAUACACAGUCUACUUAUCAUUAAGUUACAUGGUGAUAACCUUCAUUUGAAAAUUUCCAUGUUAUUUAACUCUCAAGGAGGGUAUAGCCUGACCUUUUGACAUUAACAUGCCCUGCUUUGGCAGAAAUAGACCUCUCCAUUGUAACUUUGUCUUUCAGGUCAGCAGGUCUAGGCCUUAUUUAAGCAUGUCUACUAUCCAGGCAAAUUGAUCCCAGACUAUUAACCUGUACUGUUUAUGAGCUGACUAGGAAGAGAUGUGAGACAACGGUGAAGUGAUUCAUCCUGGAAAUUUAAUUAAGUUCCCUCUGGAGCACUGUGUCUUCACACUGAUUGCUUGUUUGGAGUCUUUAUUCAACCUCUGGCAUAUCCUUGUUAUACACCAAGCAUGUUUUCUUUUUAAUAUAAUGUUAGACUGAUUGUUGUAUUUAUACUAGUCUCGACUGCUAGAUUUUCUGUGAAGGACCAGGUUUUGAAUUCCAGCCUUAACUAUUUACUUUUUGAAUUUACUCCAGAACAGUUGUCUUAAUUUUUAUUAAAUCCAUUGAUGAGAUUGGAGUGUUGCCAGGACUGCUGCUUUUAUUGUCCUUAGAAAAUGUCACACUGGUCUACUGGAACCCAAGUGGUGAACGUGCCCCAAUAUUACUGUUGGGAUGGAGUUCCAGGAUUUUGAUGCCGCAGCAAUGAAGGAACGACUGUCCAUUUCCAAGACAGGGUGGUAUCCACCUUUGAGGGGAACUUGGAGGUGAUGAUGGUCCCCUGUAUUUGCUGCCAUCAUCCUUCUAUUUGGUGGAAGUCCUGAAUUAGUGCUGCCAAAAUAGCCUUGGCAAGUUGCUGUUGUGCAUGGCACACGUGGAUGUAGAAUGACACCAGUGGUUGGAAUAAAUUGGUUAUAUAGAAGGAAAAUGAAUCAGCCAAAAUUAGAUGGCAUUAAGUGAAUAGUUUUAAGUUACCCUCGCUAUGGGAAGUAAUGUAAUUGAGGUGUUAUGGAGUUAUCUGUAAAGCUGUUCUUUUCUGCAGGUGAAGUCAACUAAUCCAAUUUGUUCAAAUGUAUUCAAAGAAUUUGAUACUGUUGUUUUUGUUUUUAAUGACUUAAGACAUAUAGUACAUAUUUCUACACAUAAUAAUGAACAAAGAAAAUAUAAUACACAUCUUUUGCAUUGAAGAAAUAGCUGCUGUUUAUUUGCUUUCCCCAAUAAAAUAUAAAUACAUUUGAAGAUUAUUAUUAGCCAUCAUGCCUACCUUUAGCUGUAUUGUUUUAUUGAGCAAGUUUACACAAUUAUAAAUUACAAAGGGUAAACAUCUUGUUAAUUUUGUGAAAUCUAUUGGCCUAUAUCCUCUUUAUCCAUUGAUUUACACUGAUGUUAAUAGAUAAGAGACGAAAACAUUAUCCAGUCCGACUUUGGGUAUGUACCACCUUAAAAUUGCCAUUGCUGUACCACUGUUCUGCAACUCAGCCUCUGCCUUCCCACGUUUUAAUUUUUAAAUAUAUUUUAUUCUUGCUAUACCACAAUUAAGGAAUACCUCUACACAAAAGCGUGUGUCUUGGGAAAAGGGCUGUAGAGUGGAGUGUGAGCCAUGUAGUCAUAUUUUGAAAUUGGGAUAUAACUGUUCAUUUCCUCCUGAAUUGGAGAACAAAGCAAUACUCUGAUUCAGAAGUGUAAUUUUAUUUUGCAUUUUUGAAACUGCAAAUAUAUAUUGUUCCCCCCCUUGUAAGUGAAAAAUCUAUGACCAGUAAACAGACACCUUCAGAAACUUGGGUUGAAUUGAAAAGUGAAAUAAUUUUACCAGGGGGCUACUGCAUCCAAAAAUGCAAUGUUGUGAAGAUUCGCUCAUGAAUUGUAUUUCAAAUGAAUCUUAACUUUAAACUUUCCUUAACUUUUUGGAAAAGUCUAUUUUGAGACAAAUUCUGAUUCUUCUGUUAGUUUACUUUCUGCCUUGCCUGGAAGGGUGAUCCAAACAUUUAUCACACUUUGAAGAUAUCUACCUAUGGUCAUUAUAAAUUUGUAUCUUGUUGGGGGUAUGUUGCUGAUCUACCCUGAUUUGAUUUGACAAAAGUGAUAUGGAUUUACCUGAGCUUCAAGUCUACAACUUUUCUACAAUGUAGAUUUUAAACUUCCUAAACUUGCAUGUCCCUCGUCCAAAUCUUUAGAUUUAGAUCAUUUUAUUUGAUAUUUUUCAAAACCUUUUCCAGUGCAUGCAAAUUUUCACAUGGUGUCAGCAUUAAAUUUCAGUGGUCCAGAUAAUACACUGGAAAGCUGAGUUUUUUGCCUUAGUUUAGCAUCAGAUAAUGUAAUGGACUUGAUUGUUAGGAAGAAAUCUGGUAGUAAGCUGGUGAACAGCAGUCAACAUGAAUUCAAGAAAGGAAAACAUUUUUCAACUCCCAUAUUUUAAGUGCUCUAACAAGUAGGUUGGGAACAUCAACUGAAAAGUACAUUUAACAAAAGUUCCUCAAGAAAUUGUACUAUUUAAAUGUCUAGGCUUUACAGGUAUGCUACAAAAUUUGUAUUGUGGAGUUGGUAGUGGUGGCGGGAUUGGGUUGAUGCUUGGAUAUCAAUCAGACAGCCAAGGUGCUUCCUGUGUCCUCCCUCCAUUAAGAAUUUUCAACUGCUAAUUACUCAUUGUACAUUUGAGAGAUGAAGAAUAAAAGUUGCCACCAGCAUUCAAAAUGUCCAAUUACUGUAACAUCAAAUAUUAAACCAAGUUGGUAGGAACUAAUGCUCAAAUAAUGUAAUGCUGAAUUUAACCACUGUGUCCAGAACUAAUCAUUGAGGGACAAUUGAGCCAUGUCGGCUCUAGAGGCAGUAUAAAUUUAUACCUAACAAGGUAUUGUGGAGAAUUGAGUUAAUGGGAUAGGCUGUAAAAAUCUGACUUGGAUAUCCUUAUGAAAUAUAUAAGUGAGUAAUUAGGAAGAAAAAGAUAAAUCUGAGCAUCACUUAAAGCCAAACUACGACCGGUAUGGGAAUGCAGGUCUCAGUUAAUAAAUUCUUUGUGAAAUUGAAGUCUCUGUGCAGAGAUAUGGGAAUAUAGGAGUAUGUAGGACCAGGCAGUGCAUAUGCACUUGUACACUGCCUGAACAUUUUUAUGCUUUUGCAUCUCUGGGCAGUCCUCUACCCACUGGUCAGUUUGUCAAAUCAGUCUACACAUCUUCCCACUUCUGAACUGGAAGUUGUCCUAGAUUCCCAAGUUAAUGUCAAUAGAGAACAAAAUGGGAUUAAUUUUACCAAUUUUCUUACAACUCCUGAAAUCUGUCCUCCUCUUAUCACUGAGGGGGUGAUACAGUAAUUAGAUUUAGUUAGCUAUGCUGAUCUUGUCUUUACUCAUUUAUGUUGAAUUGUCUGACACACCAUUCAUUUAUACUGCCGUAUCAUCCCUUGUAUCAUACAAUAUAUUGUUAACGUGAGCGAUGUUUCUUACUGAGUAAACUACAUCUCUUUUACUUUUUCACACUGCUAUCAUUCUAUCUAUUUAUACUGUAAUUCAGCUGCUUACUGUUGCAUUUUGACAAUAUUCCCAAAUCCUUUCCAUGUUCUGUAUUGGGUUCAAGGUACAUAAAUGUUCAGUUUUUACCCUUCUUGUUAUCAUCUCAUACUUGUCCACAAAAACUGCUGUAUGCUACUUCAGCUUCCUUUCUCAACCUACACAGGUCUAUUUGGUGUGCUUAUCUCCUUUUGCUGAAUGGCUAAAUUAAUUUGGUGUCAUUUGGAAAUACAGUUUUCAUUUAGCCUAUCGGAAAUAGCAUAAGCUCCAGGAAAGAAGCAAAAAAGUGCCACUUAACUCAUUACUGACUGGAUUGGCAAUCCCACCCCCCAUUUAGAUGGAGGAAGACUGGGUGAAGAUUUUAAUUCCAAUUUGUAAACUUAGAUUACCUUUUGAGAAUUUGCAAGAACUACAGGUUGUAACUGAAUUUGUGAAGCUUUGCUUGAAAUAGGUUUUUUGCUUGAAGCAAUAAUGGACUGGAGCUUAAAGGGUCAACUCAUGACCCCAGAAAGGAAAGAUAUUUUUAACAAAAACAAGGGUUGUCUAAAAGUGGGUGCUGUGGGAUGUGGUAGGGAUGAAACGAGCAGCAGUACAAAUCUAUACUGCAGCUGGCAUUGUGAAAGGGUGUUUAUAGAUAAAGUACCACAUAUGCAUAUCCCAACCCUAAUCCAGUUAAUUUUCAUAUCCUCAUUUUGUAGCAGCCCAAGUCAAGGCAACCAGUUGCAGAACUAUUUCUCCUCCAAGGCAUUUCCCUGCAAAGCCCUUAUUCUCUGCCCUUAUACAAAACUAGUUAAGCUUCAGGCAAAAAGUACAUGUUCUAAAUUAAAGUCAUCCUGCUGCAGUUUCAUUCCUCUUCCCAGAUUGGCUGAUAUCAAGCUUGUUUUCUCCAAAUAAUUAAUGUGGAACCUCACUCCCUUGUUUAUCAACUAUUUAGCUACCUCUGCCUUAAAAGUAUUCAAAGACCCUGCUUCAACCACCAUUUGAAGAAGUGUUCCAAGGGCACUGAACCCUCUGAGAAGAAAAUGUCAGCAUUUAAAGUAAACCAGGGACAGAAGAGCAAACCUAAUUGUCAGACAGUAUUUCUCAUUUUCAGACUUUGUGAAUUAAUGUACAAAAGUUCAGAAAGCAAAAGUACAAAAUGGGCACUGAUAAAUCAAUGUCCUCUUUUUUAUUUUACACACAAGCUGUUUUCCAUUUAUUUUAGAAGCUGCUGUUUACUAUUUUGUUUUUGCCAGUGACCAGUUUUAUCCCAGUUAAAGUAGCAAAUUUAACAUGGAAUAAAUGCAUUUAACAUAAACAGAGAACGCUGGGGAAACAUACAGAGAAACAGAACACUCAAGUCUGGCAGAGUUAACAUUUCAUUUCGGGUCAAGGACCUUCUAUUGGAAUUCAAUGAGUUAAUGUACUGAAACUCAGAGGGUGGAAGUACAAAGUGGAUAAUGGUAAAGAAUCAGACUUUUUUUUACACUGCACAAAAAUUUUGUCUUGAAUUUUAUAGCUAAUGCCAGGUCUUCAAUCUGAAAUGCUAAUUCAGUUCCACAUUCUAUAGAUACUGCCUGAACUGCUGAGUGUUAUUUCAAUUUCCAGCUGUUUUAGUUUUUAAGUUUUCAAUCUAAUUACGAUUUCAGUAUUGAUCAUUUUUGCGUAGUGGAAACUACAGAGCUCCAUGUCAACUUUCUGCAAGCCUUUGCUUAGCACUUUCUCCUAGUAUGAUAUCCAGGUCCAAAAGAAAAUAGGUGUUUUCUGGGUACUUUUAAAUUAGAAUAAUUAGUCCCCUUUGACUCCCUAAUGGCUAAAUUAUUUCAAUGUAUGUAAUCAAUGUUAUUUGGAUAAAUAUGUAAAGAUCAAAAUAUGUGCAAGUUAGAUGUUGAAAAAUUGACCCAAUUUUAUAUAAGAUGAUCUAUAUCAAAUCAAUGCAAUGAAUCAGACUUGGUUACACUGAUCUAGUUUACUCUUCAUGUAUCUGAUCUAAAUUAGGUUUUUUUGGUUCAUUUUUCAGGUAGGAUUUUGUACAAAACUCAAGAAAUAUUCCUCUUUUAUAAAAACAACUGCAUUUGUUGAAUGUUGAGAAAUAUGGGUGCUUGGUAGUAAUUCCUGGGAGAAAAGCUUUAAUUUCAAACAGUCUUCAAAAAAUGAAUAUAAUUGUUUAAUUUAGUAAAUGUUGGUAAAAAGUGGUAUUUCCUGAAGACUAAUUCUUUCUUCCUACCCCACCCCCCGGAAAGAAAGUGAAAUGUUGCAUUCAUGAUAUUGGAAGCAAACACUGCAGUUUUUUAAGUUUCAUACUUUGAAAAUUGUAGGUGAAGAAUGUAUAGUUAAUAUUAACAAGUGGUAAUUCAAUGGUUCUCAGGUAUUUUGACAAAGUGAUGGCAGCCAUUGUAAUUGAACAAACUUCUGAUAUUUUUCAGUAUCUAAUUUUUUUGCAUUUUGGUUUGAAAAUUUGAAAUGGCCUGUCAUAAGGUACAUUGAAUGUGUAUUUACCCUGUGGUCUGUGUAAUGACCUUCAGUUAUCUGUCUUAUGUGAUUUCUCUAAUUGUUGAGAAAAUGCUUAGCAGAAACUCUUGAUAAAAUACAGCAGGCUGGCAUGAAGCAUAUUAUCAAUACAGGUUAAUACAUAAAUCAUUGGUUAAUAUUUUGUUCAAUAUGCAAGGGGAAACUGAUGCAUUUAGUAACAACCAAACUUAAAUUUAUGAAAAACUUUUUAAUUUGAGACAUUUUUGAGAGAAUUAAGUAAACUUUAUGUGAAUGUAUUAGUAUACUAUUUUGUAAACAAGAUUGUUCUUUUGAAUUGAAAAUGAUGUGCUAAGCAUUUUUAUACUUUGUCUCACUGAAUAAAUUUCCACUUUUA